GUCAAAACCCUCUCAUUUCAUUUCUAGACAAACUCUUUCAAUCAAGCUGAUCAAGAAUAUCUUCGAUUAACAAAUCCUUCUUUUUACUAAAUUUGCAGCUUCAACAUGGAAAAUGGCCAAGAAAAUCAUGAUGGCAUUCAAAUUGAGGAAAUCCCAGAUGAAUUUCAGUGCUGUGUUUGCCUGGAACUUUUGUAUAAACCAGUUGUGCUAGGGUGUGGACACAUUGCUUGUUUCUGGUGUAUAUUUAAAGCUAUGAGUACUUGGAGGGAAUCACACUGCCCGAUUUGUCGAAACCCGUAUCAUCAUUUUCCUAGUGUAUGUAGAUUGAUGCACUCUUUGCUUGUAAAGUUGUACCCUUUAGCCAGUGCAAGAAGGGUAAAACAGGUGGCAGAGGAGGAGAAGAAAGCAAAAACUUAUUCACCUGAGUUUGAUGAUUAUUUAUCAGAAUCCAGUUGCCAGACAGAUCUUGUUCCAGACAUUGCUUCAUCUCAUUCUGUCCCUUCGCAGAAAUUUGGUUCAGCGGGGGGAGGAGAGCAUUCCUCUGUAGAUGUUUCAUUAGAUACAGUUGUUCCUGCAACAUCGAGUUCUGAAAGUGCAAGUGAAAAGCAGGUGCUUAUGACUGAUUUGCUUUGUGGUAUCUGCAAGCUAUUGUUAUGUCGACCUGUAGUUCUUAAUUGUGGCCAUGUUUACUGUGAAAAUUGUGUGAUCAAUCCUAGCGACAAGCUAUGUAGAUGUCCAGUUUGCGAACUGGAGCAUCCAAACGGAUACCCCAACAUUUGUUUAGUUCUUGAGCACUACCUGGAAGAGCAAUUAAAUCGUGCUUUUGGAGGGCAGUACAUGAAGGAGGAGAAGGAAGAAGAAACUUAUUCACCUGAGUUUGAUGAUUAUUUAUCAGAAUCCAGUUGCAAGACAGAUCUUGUUCUGGACACUUCUUCAUCUCAUUCUGUCCCUUCGCAGAAAUGUGGUUCAGCGGGGGAAGGAGAGCAUUCCUCUGUAGAUGUUUCAUUAGAUACAGUUGUUCCUGCAACAUCGAGUUCUGAAAGUGCAAGUGAAAAGCAGGUGUUUAUGACUGAUUUGCUUUGUGGUAUCUGCAAGCUAUUGUUAUGUCGACCUGUAGUUCUUAAUUGUGGCCAUGUUUACUGUGAAAAUUGUGUGAUCAAUCCUAGCGACAAGCUAUGUAGAUGUCCAGUUUGCGAACUGGAGCAUCCAAACGGAUACCCCAACAUUUGUUUGGUUCUUGAGCACUACCUGGAAGAGCAAUUUCCCGAGUUGUAUGCAGAAAGGAAAAGGGCAUCAGUGGAAAGACCUGAUCGUCAGAUUCCAUCAACACGUAUGCUUGACCGUAAAUUUGAUAAUGGUUUUCUUGGUGCCUCCUUGAACUUGUUUCAAAUACUAGAGAUAAUAACAAUCUCUAUGCAGAUGUGUCCUAUUGUUGGGGAACGAUACAAAUGCAAAGACUGCAAGGAGAAAAUAGGCUUUGACCUUUGUGAAGCUUGUUAUAAAAGCUCGUCAAAGCUCCCUGGAAGAUUUAAUCAGCAACAUACACCGGAACACCAAUUUGAGUUGGUACAGCCACUUCAAGUGAGAAAUGUAGUACUAAGGCUUCAACCUGAACGACUUGAAGAGGACGGCACCAUUGAUCCACUUGAAUAUCUCGAGGAUAGUUCCAUUGAGCAACAACACCCGGAAGAAGAUUCCUCAGAGACCAACUCACCUCGAGGAGCGGGGAACAUUUCCUCAAGUGGCACUGGAGACGAUCAACGAGGGAGAGAAUCUGCAGAGAGGAAUUAGUUAAAGUUCCUUGGUCAAUUGUGAGUCAUUAUCUUAAUCGUACUCGUUGAAUUAGGAAUUCAGGCCCUAACAACACAUAUGGGAAUCGCUUUUCUAGUUCUACCUCUUUCGCAUAUGGUUUUUAAUGUAUCAUACUGUACAGCUUUAUAUGGAGUAUUAAAGUUACCGUUCGGUUGGACCUACAUGGAUUCAUAUAAUUAUCGAAAAGAAAGUUAUGCUUCAUGCAAUCUUCU